AUGCUGCUUUACCUUGUCAGACAUGGCGAGACCGCCCUCAACGCUCAAGGGGUGUAUCAAGGCCACCUCCCGACUCCCUUGAAUGAGGCAGGCCGCAAGCAGGCCGAGCGGCUCGGGGAUCAUCUCCGAUCCGUCCCGUUCAAGGAGUGUUGGACCAGCCAUCUCCCGCGCGCUGCCGAGACCGCCAGGCUCGUCCUCGGCCCACACCACCCAAAGACGUCCAUCCAGCUCGAACCGCUCCUCACUGAUCGAGCGAUGGGCGCAUUGGAGGGCAAGCCUUGGGUCGCUGAUCCCGCGGCCGAGGGCGCAGCAUUCGGCGUCGAGUCGGACGAGGCCCUGGCCGCUCGCCUGCACAAGUUUCUCUCGAAUCAGAUCCAGACGCACACUCCGCUCUCCUCCCCGCUGACUUCGCCUCGUACCCCCUCGACCCCUUCGGAACAAGGAUCAGGGUGUGUCCUGGUGGUGACGCACGAAGCGUGCCUCUUGGCAUUGUUGCAGAUACUGACUGAUUCGGGCGCUACCGAGUACUUUCCCGGUACUGCCGUCGCUGAGCCUGCUGAGCUGUACAUGGGCAUCAAGGCUGACGAGAUGACUGAUGAGCCUGCUGAGUUGAUCGUCGAGAUCAAGCAGCCAGCCGCCUCCCCGAUCUCCCCAACAGCCGGAAACGGGAGCAAGACAUCAACGCUGCCCGUCAUCGUCGACACGCACAUCCCAGCCGACGUGGACGUCGGACUGCAAUGCGCCAAUACUGCCCUUUGUGUCGUCCGCGUGUGGUGGGAGGAGGGAGAGGGAGGCAAGGGCGAAGAUGGAGGCUACCUGGAGUGCGGGCUCGAAGCGAAGGGGAGGGUCGAGGUGUGGGGCGAUAUCGCGCACCUUGAUACGUGA